AUGGUCGGCCUUCCGGCUAGAGGCAAGAGUCUCAUAGCUGGAAAGGCAAUGCGAUACCUCGCCUGGGUUGGCAUUCCUGCACGGGUAUUCAACGUAGGCAGCUACCGUCGACAAGGUACUCCUCAGCCCUCCGCUACCUUUUUCGAUCCUCAUAAUCCUGAGGGAGAGAAGAUGAGACGAGCUGCCGCCGAAGCCGCGAUGUCAGAUAUGCUUCAUUGGUUUAAAGCGGGCAAGGGUGUCGUCUCCAUACUCGAUGCCACGAAUUCUACAAGAGACCGCCGCCGCUGGAUUUAUGAGUCUUGUCGGGAUGCUGGCAUCGAGGCUUUGUUCGUUGAGUCGAUCUGUGAUGAAGAGGAUCUGAUCAUGAACAACAUCCUCGAAGUCAAGACCACAUCACCGGAUUACAAGGGCCAGGAUCCUGAAAUGGCUGCUCUGGAUUUCCGUAAUCGUAUCCGCAACUAUGAAAAGGUUUAUGAGACCAUCGACGAGAAUGAGAAACAUUACACCUAUGUGAAACUCAUCAAUGUCGGUUCUACUGUGAUCAUAAACCAGAUCAAGGACUACCUUUCGAGUCGAUUGGUGUAUUACAUCCAGAAUCUCCAUAUCAAGCCUCGUUCCAUAUGGCUUUCUCGCCAUGGAGAAUCCGAGUAUAAUUUGGUUGGCAAGAUUGGAGGAGACUCGAGUAUUUCCGAGCGUGGGGAGGCCUACGCGAGGGCUCUCCCUGGUCUCUUGAAAAAGUCUGGCUUCCCACCCAACACCAAGAUUGUUAUCUGGACGUCCACACUCAGACGUACUAUUCAAACCGCUCGUCACCUCGCCGCUGAAACAGGCUUUGAGAAGCUCGAGUGGAAGGCACUUGACGAACUUGACUCUGGUGUCUGUGAUGGACUCACCUACGAAGACAUUGCCCACAAAUAUCCAGAGGACUUCGCAGCGCGUGAUGAAGACAAGUACAACUAUCGCUACCGAGGCGGAGAGUCUUAUCGCGAUGUUGUUAUUCGUCUUGAGCCUAUCAUCAUGGAAUUGGAACGUAGUGAAAAUGUCAUUAUUGUUACGCACCAGGCUGUCCUGCGUUGCAUCUACGCCUACUUCCUGAAUACGCCACAGGAACAAAGUCCCUGGAUGGAAGUUCCUCUUCACACAUUGAUUAAGCUUACUCCUCGUGCGUAUGGAACCGAGGAACAGCGUUUCAAAGCCGAUAUCCCUGCCGUAUCAACCUGGCGUGGCAAGGGCGCGGUUACACAAUCGCGCGGUCAAGCCAUGUUGUCUGCAUUCACAGCUCGGCCUCUUGUCGAGCUCAAGCAGCGGGACAGGUCCAAGAUCGAAUCGGUUCUCGCAUACGGCGAUCGACUCAUUGUGGGAUUAAAUAACGGAAGUCUACGAAUUUACCGAAUCAACGAACUGACGACCGAGGAUCACGAAAAUAACCACAAUGUCGAAGGGGAGAAUGGGAAUGGGAGUCCGGUCAAGAACGGGAACGUGGAUGUGGAUGUGCCCAAGCCGAGGGAAACGGAUCUUCUCCGCGAGCUCGAGAAGUUCUCCAGAUACAAGGUUGAGCAGUUGGCUUUGAUCAAGGAAGCUAAGGUGUUGAUUUCGCUAUCCGGGGGAUAUGUCUCGGUUCACGACUCGCAGACCUACACCUUGCAAGAGCAGCUCUCCAAGACGAAAGGAGCUGCGACCUUCGCUGUAACGUCGAAUAUUGUCAAUGAUCUCGAAACUGGUGUACCAUGGAUCGUGUCGCGCCUUGCGGUGGCUGUUAAACGGAAGAUACUAUUGUGGUCAUGGCGUGAUAUGGAGCUCGAGAGCGAUACGGCGGAGAUGAGUUUGGUCAGUGGCAUCAAGACGCUCACGUGGGUAUCUGGUACCAAGUUAGUAGCUGGCCUUGGCUCGAGCUUCGUUUUGGUUGAUAUUGCGAGUCAAACUGUUACCGAUUUAGUCGGGCCGGGAAGCAUUGGUGGGCUCCCAGGUCAGGAGACUGGCCGUUUAGCGGGGGUCGGAGUUGCGAGCAUGAGCUAUAUCGGAAUGGGCGGUAUGGUUCCCAAACCCUUGGCUACUAGGCUCUCUGAAGGGCAAAUCCUAUUAGCCAAGGAUGUAAACACCCAUUUCAUUGACAUCGAUGGCAAUUCGCUGGGACGCAGGCAGAUUCCGUGGAACCAGGCGCCUGUGGAUGUUGGGUAUUCAUACCCUUUCUUAUUAGCACUGCAUGAUGCUUCAAAGGGUUUGCUGGAGGUUAGGAAUCCGGAAACCUUUUCAUUGCUGCAGUCGAUUUCAUUGCCAUCUGCGAGCAUCUUGCACAUCCCCCAGCCUAGUAUUAGCUUGGCCCACGCCGGCAAAGGAUUUUUGGUUGCCAGCGAUCGGAUUAUUUGGAGAAUGGAGGCUCAGAGUUACGACACACAAGUUGAUGAUUUGGUCGAGAAAAGAUAUCUCGACGAAGCCAUCAGUCUGAUAAGCAUGCUCGAAGAUGCUCUUCUAACCAAUAAACAUGGUCGACUACGGGACGUCAAAUUGGAUAAGGCCCAAGUUCAGUUUAUGGAACGGAAAUACUCGGCAUCGAUUGGCUUAUUCACCGAGAUUUCAGCACCUCCAGAGACUGUCAUUCGGCUCUACCCUAAGCUGAUUGCGGGCGAUCUCUCCUCCAUAAACGAAGAAGAGGACGACUCAGAUGAAAGCAUCCCAGAUAGCCCAUCAAAGCAGACCGGAUCACCGGCGAAGGUUGAUGGGGCGAACGAAGACUCCCCCAGCCCGAAAACCCUCGCGCAUGCUCCAUCCAUGAAGUCUUUUCUCCGCACGAGAACUGAUGACUUCAGUGACGCGGGUAGCUUUCGUGGGAAGCCCGUGGAAGAAGCACAGAUACAAACAAGCAAGAGACUUGAAGGGAAAGACCUCAAGGAUGCGGUUUAUGAACUUCAAAAGUAUCUGGCGGAUGCUCGUAGGAGGUUCCAGCGCUUUUUGAAUCCUGAUGGGUCACUGAAAGUAGUCGGGCCGCCUGAAAAUGCAGUGUCUGAUGAGCUCACGGACAUUGUCAUGAAACUACUCGGCAUAUCAGACAAGGACCAAGAUUAUGACUUUGGUGAAAUCCUCCGAGAAAAGGCUACACUUGUUGACACAACCCUCUUCCGGGCUUAUAUGUUUGCAUCUCCUGCCCUGGCCGGUUCGCUUUUCCGAAUCUCCAACUUCUGUGACCCUAAUGUCGUCAUGGAACGGCUAGAGGAAACCGGCCGUUAUAAUGACCUUAUCGACUUCCUGUAUGGAAAGAGGAUGCACCGACAAGCUUUGGAGCUCCUGCAGAAAUUCGGCGUGGACGAGACGGAGACAGCUCCCCAGCUUCAUGGGCCGAAGCGAACCAUCGGAUACUUACAAAAUUUGCCCCCUGAUCGAAUUGAUCUCAUCCUCGAAUUUGCCUACUGGCCGGUGCGAGAGUAUCCUGAUUUAGGGAUGGAAAUCUUCAUGGCAGACACGGAAAAUGCGGAGACACUACCUCGUCAACAAGUUCUGGUCUUUCUCGACGGGAUUGAUGAGGCCCUCGCCCUUCAAUACCUCGAGCACGUUAUUGGAGAGUUGAAUGAUAUGACUCCAGACUUGCACCAGAGGCUCCUUCUCCUUUAUCUGGGCCACCUGAAGAAAUAUCAGACCAAGGAAUGGGAAUCACCCGACGAAAAUGCUUACCCUGCACUGCAUACCAAAUUCCUCGAAAUGCUCAAGUGGAGUACACAAUAUUCACCAGCAAAAAUGCUCGAUAGUCUUGAUCGUGAUAAUCCCGAAUUCUUCGAAGCAAGAGCAAUCGUAUUUAGCAAGAUGGGUCAACAUAAACAGGCUCUCGAAAUAUACGUCUUCAAACUCGAGGAUUUUGUUAAAGCGGAAGAAUAUUGUAACCAGGUCCAUAUGGCAGAAGAUACAGUCACUGCAGAGACUACUACUGCACGGCGCGCAGCCCCUGCUGAUUCCGAGGAAGAGGAACCAUCCAUCUAUUUGACAUUGUUAUCUCUAUAUCUUUCUCCGCAUCAUGGAUACAAGCCACAGUAUGGACCUGCACUUGAGCUGCUGGCAAAACAUGGAUCCCGCCUUCCUCCUGGCUCUGCCCUUAACUUGAUACCCGAAAACCUCCCAGUCAAGGAACUUGAGUUUUAUUUUAAAGGCCGUAUGAGGUCUGCCAACUCUAUGUUCAGACAAAGCAGGAUAGCGGCCAACCUGCAGAUGGCGGAAAACAUCAAGAGACAGGCACAGUUGUUGGUCGGCGAAGGGACUGAUGGGAAGUCCUCGCGGUCGAAGCAUGUCACUAUCACCGAAGAGAGAAAUUGCGGGAUCUGCUUCAAACGACUCGGUGGCAGUGUAAUCAAUGUGUUUCCAGAUUGUGUUGUCUUUUAUAUUUUCUUUCCGAGCCAUUGGGAUGGAGUGGCGGAUGCUUUUCUGCCAUUUGAUACCCAGGAUAGCGAUUUUAUCCCAAGAAUUGAAAUGCUCGCGCGUUCGGCUUUUCAUGAUCAGGACAGAAAUGACCGCGCAAUUUCCACGCGUAGCCUCAAACAAUUACCGGGACUUUCUCUAUGCAUCAUCCUCUUCAACGACCUCUUCUCCAUAAUUUGCCUCUUCCUUGGCUUCUUUCUCCGAGACUUUACGUCCUUGCGCCUCCGCCGCCUGUUUAUCCUCUUCCAUCCGUUGCCUGAGCUCCACUUGUCGACCUUCCCUUCUUCCAUUCCAUCCGUUAUGAACACGCCCUCAAUGCUACGCUCCCCGGCGACGGUCUCGCCAGAGCGUCCCUCUCGAUCCCCCGUCCCUCCCCCUCGCCCAUCCUUCGACGACGAAUUGGAACGGCCAGGCUCCUCUGGAAGUGAUGCCUCUUCGGUUACCUCGAACGUGACUACGGUCUCUGCCUUUCCCCAGGUCUCUUCUCACCCCAGCCCCGGAACGGCGACCACAACUUCCACGUCUCGCCCUCGUCCACCCCGAACCUCGUCAAUUACGACCACAAGCACCAACAGCAGCAACGCUUCCUCUACUGCUACUGGGAGACCCUCCGCAUCCUUCAUGCCACAAAAUGAACAGCCGGUCAGAAGGCCGUCAGGUCGUGCAGCCCCGCCGGAGCUGCAGAGGCACCGUUCUAGACAUCACUCUCAGGGCUUCUUCGAGCCAUCCCUCCCAACAGCGUCUACUUCAGAUGCCACACUAUCCGCCUCGAGGAUAGCUGCUCAGGCAGCGAUGCAGCAACAGCAACAAUCUGCAGCUCAACAUCCGCCGAAACGACCCCAGGCUGUCACACAGAACUCCGAUGAUGGGUCAAGGAGCAGGAGGGGUGGGAGCGCCUCCCCUCCUCCUCCACCGCCGCCGCCGCCGUUGUUCGCAGCCCCUAACUCUGGGGGCUUCUCGGGCCAGUCAUAUCAGAAUGGGAUCGUGGGAGGACAGACUCAUGCGGCUACAACUGCUGCUAAUGUUGUGUUUCCCAGGGGCCCCGGGUUACAGCCGCCCGGCAUGUCUGCGGAGCAGCCGGCUCCUGAGCGGGAACACAAGCACAAGGGAGAGAAAUCCAAAAUGAAGCUUUUCUCUAAGCCCAAGCAUAUCGGGAUCAGUCGCGACAAAGAUCCUGGGAAGGACAAAGGCCUACCCUCUCCGAGUAAGAUGGGAUUCCCUGGUGUGUCGCGAAUUGUGAGCGCGUCUACUACCAGCUUAGCAGAUACUAUGCCGACAAACAAUUCGUCGAUGUAUAACUUGUCCAAUGCGUCCGUGAGCACGGUAGUGCCCGCUGACAAGCAGACAAUCAACGAAAAGGAGAAGGACAAGGACAAGGAUAAGGCCCAUAAGCAUCAUUUGUUCUCGCGACAAAAGUUAAAGCUUAAGGAUAGAGAUGAUCAUAAACAUCUGCCUCUCUCAUCAGCUUCGAGUAAUUCGAAGCCUUCGGAUCCAAAUGCUCCACAAUCGCUUUACUCCUUCAUGCCAGCAUCUCCUGGUCCCCACACAACAACAUUUCACAAAUCAGUGAGCGGUUUAGAUCUUUUGCAUGGUGGACGGAAGAAGAAAGAAGAGAAAGCGCUGGCAGAAUCAGAGCAAACUGAGUGGUUGGCAAAUUCGAGCGCAAACAAUGGCACACCAGCUGUAUUCCCUGGCCCAUCGUCACUAGGAAGCUCAACAGGGGUUUUGGCCGAAGCCGCAUUAAGGGAGACUCUCCAAGGCUUUGGUCUCAACAACAUGACCCCAGAGGAUGCGUGGGACUUCCUGAAGGCAAAGCUUCUGGUCAUCUUUGACGGUGAAGAUGUUCGCAUCGCUAUCGAGGAUCUCAAUAAACUGGUGCUGAUCCACAUCCAACGCUGUGUACAAAAGCGGACACCUACAGCUAUUGUGGAUGAUCUGCGGGAGUUGCUGGAGACCGGAUUUGCAUCAUUGAAUCAUACAUUAAAUGGAGUCCCUGAUGAGAAGUUGGUCCCGCAUCUGGUACAAAUAUGGAUGCUAUUCAAAGGAUGUGGGUCCGUGAUGAGCUUUCGAGAAGCCCAAGAAUUCUGGGGUGGGCUUCGCAGUCAAGAAUCCCCUGGCGGUGCAUUUGAAGUUCGCAAUCUUGUUUUAACAGCAUUCCGUGACAUGGUCGUUCUCUUCCGCUACGACGGUCUAAAGAGUACAUUUUCUCGGUUGAGCCUCGACAACAUCAACAUGGGCUCAUCUGCUCUCAGCGUGACGACAAAGAGCAGUGCAAAUAGCGGACGGCCCGGGACGGCUGCAUCGUUUGACGCUGGCUUUGGCACUAGCUACAGCUCGCAGACCUCUACUCUGCUCAACGCUGCUGCUAGCUACUCUUCGGACUCAAUGAGCUGCAACCGCAGCCGUGCCGCAUCGAACACGUCCUCAAAUCCCGACCAGUUGAUCUUCCAGUCCUUCUCAUCACCGCCACAACGGCCGACCAUCAUCCACCGGUCCUCGCAUACUGCAGAUACUUCCCAGGUUAUAACGGAAACUGUAGGGCGGAUGCUGCAAUGUGUGAGCGUUCUAGCCAGUGUACAAACAGAUGAUGGGGCGCAGGAGAAGAUCGAAAUUCUCAGCAAGGCCCUCAAGCACAAUUGGCUCGGACGUGGGCGGACAGGAAGAGAUCGACGAGGAUUUGUCGGGGCCAAGGUUCGACCAGCUAUCGUUACGCGGACUGAUAGUGAUGAUUCUACGAGGAAUGCAAGGAAUGGCGAUUUGGAAUGGCCUUUGCGGGACGGGCGUCGGGAGCUGGGUGUUCAAUGA